ACCUAAAAGCGAAAACUGACGCAGUGGCGUGAUACCGCAAACCGUGGCGGCGGCGAAUCCGUGGGGGUAUCCGGCAUAAAUUCAGGAACCGGCCGGCGUCCGAUUCAUUCGCGUUACCGAAACAUUUUUCGACGGUUCCACACACAAUCGUACGGUCCAGCAGCAAACACCAAAAUGGUAGACGCAUUCUUGGGUAAAAAAUACAAGCUGGCCACCAGCGACAACUUCGAUGAAUUCAUGAAGGCGCUCGGGGUUGGUCUGGUGACCAGGAAGAUGGGCAACGCCGUCUCGCCGGUGGUCGAUCUGGCCAAGGAGGGUGACGAGUACGUGCUCUCGUCGGUCUCCACCUUCAAGAAUGUGAUUAUCAAGUUCAAGCCCGGCGUCGAGUUCGACCAGGAGACGCCCGACGGCAGGAAGGUGAAGGCCACGAUCACCGUCGACGGCAACACCCUGCACGAGGUGCAGAAGGGCGCCGACGGCAAGACCACCACCAUCGACAGGACAUGGACCGACGAUGAGAUCAAGAUGGUGAUGACCGUCGACAACAUCACCGCCACCAGGGUCUACAAGGCCCAGGCCUAAGCGCACUGAAUAUUUUUUUUUUAUUAUAAUUAUACUAUUAUUAUGUAUGAUCUACGUACUGAUUUGUUAGGAAGGAGCAAUCAUGUUUUCUGAUUAUUUUAUUCAAUAUUUAAUUGCGAUUUUGUACUACUUUGUAUACAUCACUUGGUAAAAUAAAAUGCUGUUAAAAUAAA